AUGACUGAGAGACCCUCUCUAUGGAAGAGGCUAGGAAAAAGGCGUGCUUUGAAAAGAGGUGUUAUAGAAUCGGUGCGUCUCUCUCUCUCUCUCUCUCUGAGUAGUGUUAAUGCAACCAGUGAUAAAUCAUUAAGACAUUUUUUCUUCUUUCAGCCAAAGCAAUUGACUGAAUGGAAAAAAAUUAAACUUUACAAUUCUUUCUCUCCACUGUUCUCUUCCUCUUUCUCUCUAAACAUUCCCCCUCCGACCCUUUGCCUCUCUCUUCCUCUCCCACUAUCCCUCGCUUUACUAUUCUUUCUCCCCCUGUUUUCUCCAUCCCCUCUCUCAAUCACUCACACUCACUCAAACGUUCCUUCACUUUUACGAUUCCUCCUCCCCCCCGUUUCACACUCUCACUUACACCCACUGUCCCUCACCUUAAAACCUCCCCCCACAUUUCCUCUCUCACUUUCCAACUGUCCCCUCACCUUUAAUAUUUUUCUCACCACCAGUUUCCCUUUUUCUCCCUCCCCUACUGUUCAUUUACCUUUACUAUUCUCCCCAGUUGCUCUCUUCCACCAUCCCCCCAUGUUCACUAUUCUCCAGCCCCCACUCUUUCCUACCUCACCUUCCCCACCUAAAUCGUCAGAGGCUGCUCGAGUCCCACCAGAUUUUUAUGAUCAAAUUAAAAAACAUUUCCAUAACUUAUAUCUUUAUUUUAUCUACCUACACCUAUCUAUCUGA